AUGGAGACCCCCCACGCACCAUGGCGCCCCCCCCCGCGCCCCCUCCGCAUCGUCGCCCUCCUCCUCUCCAUCAGCCUCUUGGUCCAAAGCCGCCCCCAACCCUCAUCCCCACGCCCCCCCCCCACCAGCGGACCCCCAACGUGGCGGGGGGGGCCCCACCCCCCCCCCCACCAACCCCCAACCCCCACCCCCACCGCCACCCAACCCCGCUUGAGCUUAACGAAGCGCUCGGCGCCCGUGGGGACCCAUAACGAGGUGUUGAAGGAGCUGGAAGAACUUGGGCGGCUCCGCGCCGAAGCCAAAAGGGACCGGCAACGUGACCGUGACCUUGAGAGGGACCGGGGGGUGGGCCAAGUUCAAGGCAGCUCCGGCAACAGCAGAGUUUGGAGCAUCGGUUGUUGGAACGGCGCUACCAAGAGUUGGCCGAGAGCCGGCGGCAAGCCGAAGCGGCUCGGAAAGCGGCGGUGGAAGAGGAACGCUUGGCGGAUUUGGCGUCCGAUCUAUUGCUCCGGUAUCUUCUGCACGGGCCCGGUGUGGGCGGUGGAGGAGGAUAAGAGGUCGGAAGAGGAGGAGGAAGAGGAGAAGAAGCGCCCGGGGAGGAGGAGCUGGAGGAGGCAACGAUGGGUUGGAAGGCAACGGGGGUUUCGCAUGGUGAUGGGUUCAGUGAUGGCUUGGAGGGCAACGGGGGCUUGGAGGACAAUGGGGGCUUGGAGGACAAUGGAGGCUUGGAGGACAACGGGCGCUUCGAGGUCAACAAGGGGUUCAAGGUCAACAAGGGGUUCAAGGUCAACGAUGGGUUUGAAGACGACGGGGGCUUGGAGGAGCAACGGGGGCUUUGGAGGCAACGGGGGCUUCAAGGUCAACAGGGGCUUCAAGGGCAACAGGGGCUUUGAUGGCAACGAUGGGUUCAAGGUCAACAGGGGCUUUGAUGGCAACGAUGGGUUCAAGGUCAACAGGGGCUUUGAAGGCAACGGGGGCUUCAAGGUCAACAGGGGCUUCAAGGGCAACAAGGGCUUCAAGGGCAACGAGGGCUUGGAGGACAAUGGGGGCUUGGAGGACAAUGGGGGCUUCAAGGUCAAUGAUGGGUUUGAAGAUGAUGGGUUCAAGGUCAACAGGGGCUUUGAUGGCAACGGGGGCUUCAAGGUCAACGAUGGGUUCAAGGUCAACGAUGGGUUCAAGGUCAACGAUGACUUUGAGGGCAACGGUGGCUUGGAAGACAACGAGAUCCUUCCAAGGGGCAACGAGAUGUUCCCAAGGGGCAACGAGCUCCCGGGGGGGGACAACGAGAUGCCGGGAGGAUCCAAUGAGAUCCCGGGGGGGUCUAAUGAAGUGCCCGCCCCCCAAGACCCGGCCCGAGGUCGAUGA